UCCUAUCAACAAAGGACGACAAUGAAAGCCAAACAACGUACAUGAAAUAGUUUUAAAAUCUUACCCUACCUUCUGGUACCAACAGCAAGAAUUAACUACUGCAGUAGUGUGUCUUCAAUUGAAUAGAGGUUUCCAAUAUUCUUAAUCGUGGAGGCCAAAGAGCGGUCGAAGUACCGGCGCUGUGACCUGAACCAGCCGAGCGCCGGCGCCGGCGCCGCCAGUGCGGCCGGCAUGGGCGGGGAGUGCGUGGUGGUGCGGCGCGCGCGCGCCGGCGACGCGGCUGCGCGCGCGCAGCUGCUACGCGACGCCUACGCCGCGCUCAACCACGACGCCUUUAUGUAUUUCUAUUUCCAUGAGGCCACAUUGCAAGCAGUGGUGCUGGUGGGUGCCGGAUUGUUCAUCUUCCUGGGCUGCGGGCUCGGCACGCUGGCGGCCCUGCCCGCGCUGGCCGCUGUCGUUGUGUUCCUGGCGGUGCGGUUGGCACAUGAUCAUAUGGCUUCUGUACAGGCGGCGCGCCUCCGCACAGAGAAGUCGGGCUGGGUGGCGGAGCGGCGCGGGCCGCCGACGGCGCCGGCGCCGGCACGGGUGUCGGUGUUGGUGUGCGAGGAGGACGCAGCGCCGGCCGCCGGGGGCGCCGCCGCGCUGGUGGGCUCGGUGUCUGUGCGCGCGAGCCGCGACAGCGCGGGCGGCUGGCUGGAGGGGCUGGCGGUGUGUCCGCGCUGGCGGCGGCGCGGCGUGGGGCGCGCGCUGGAGGCGGCGGCGCGCCGCGGGGCCGCCGCACGGCUGCGCUACGGCGCGCUGCACGCCGUCACCAGCUCGCUGCAGCCCGCCGCGAGAGCCAUACUGCACGACGCCGGAUGGCAGUGCACGGCGGCGUACGCGCGGCCGCUGGUGGGCGCGGCGCUGGUGCUGCCGCUGGCGCGCCUCGAGAGGGACCUGAUGGAGCCGGCGUGACGCGUGACGCGCGACGCGCGCUGCCAGUGACGACGUCGUCACUCCACGACUGAAUGUUACAAUUUGCCUUUUAAUAAAAUUUGAUAUAAAACGUUUUAUAGCGAAUGCAAUCUGAAUUUAUGUAUAAGAAGAAUCUCAACAUUCCAUCCAGUUUUUAUUCAAAUAAACAUUUUAUAAUGUGAUAAGUAAUAAAUGUAAUAAUAAUAAGAGUUCAUUGUAAACUAGUUCAAAGUAUGAUCUAACAUUUUUUCUGAAUGUAAUAUAAUUACUUAGGUAUUUAGUAACGAUAAAGAGUGAUUUACAUUAUAUAGAAUUUAGUAAGUUCAGUAACCACUAAUCAAACACCAGCAGAGGUAUAUCAGGCAGUAUACAAAAUUAUUAUUUUUUGAUUAAUACAAAUAAAAAUAUAUACAACGUGUUACACCAACCACUGAAAACCUCAGACACCCCAACAGAUUUUUAUUAUUUAGAGUUAGUCUAGAGAAUUUAUUCUUAAAUCGGCCUGUUAUUUCCAAAGAUAUUGCUGUUUCUUUUAUUUUCGUAAGUCUA